UAAAUGUCAACUUUAUUUUCCGUGGGGCUAAAUUAUAUGAUAAUAUUUUUUUGUAGAUGGAAUUUUUGGUAUUGAUGGGGCAAUAUGAACAGAUCGAAUAUGUUAACGGCCAACAAGGUCAAACUUCAUGGUAUGACUUCCUCCAAAUGGACCACUAAAGAUCAAAUAACUCAAUACAAAGGCCUUAUAAAUUUAUAUACAAAAGAUAGGAAUGUUUUGAAAAGCGAAAAUGAUAUACCCAGAAGACGGCAAGCUAGAGAACUAAAGAAAUUACAACGAAAUAUAGAUAUCAACAGAAAGGCUUUAGAUAACUUAUUAAAAGGAGAUAAACAAAAAUUGCAGAAUAUCUUACAAGAUCAUAGAGAAUUGAAAAUUUUAUUUCAGGAAGCUCCACCCCAAAAGGCAAUAGAUGUGAUUCAUAAAGCAAAUUUCAACAAACGAAAAUUGAAAGAUUUAUUAUCUUAUAAAAUAAAAUUAAAAUCUAAUAUACUCACAGAUUUGAAAUUAAAAUGCGCUGAAUAUGAGGAUGCACUGAAGUAUAAAGACAAUGCCAAACUUUUACCUUGCGAAAGAAAAGCGUACACUUUGAACGGAAAAGUGCAAGACGCGUUCUUAAAAAUAGAAGCAGCCGUAUAUAUAAGAAAUUCUUAUACAGAAAUUGUGGCCCUCAUGAAAAAAGACGCCAUAUAUUUCGAUGCCGUAUUAUCAGCGUUAGAAAAGGAUGGUCUAAAUCAAGCAAAAUGUUUAUUGAAUCUAACAAAAGUUGGUCAAGAAGCGAUAGAAUAUUUGACCAAUAGAAGAAACGAAUUCAUGUUUUUGGAAAGAUUAGUGCGAAACGAAAUGUGGGAAAGAAGACAAGAUCUUGAAAUAGUACAACAGAAUGUACAGGAUUUCGCGGACAAUUUAAAACAUCUAAUACGAGAUGAUAACGACGUUAACACCGGCGAAAUCAGAUUAAAUUCUUCACGAAGUUACGACAUAUUGAAACAAGAAAUUGAUGGUAUUGAAAUCACAAUAAACAAAUUAAAAAAUUCAUUUUCCGCUCACUCUGUCGAUCAAAUGUAUCCUUUACUGAAAGAACAAUUUUCUCAAAAGGAACGGCUCAUGCGAUUUAUGGAAAAAUGCAAAUCGGCGAAAGAGGAAUUAGUACGAAAAACGAAACUGGCUUCUGUUGUAUACUCUAAAACUCGCAACACCACUCUAGAUACAACAGAUUCAUACAAUAUCCUUAAAGUGAAAUUAAAAGAUAACAUCCUGAAAGAGUUGAGUUAUACGAAGGAAAUACAAGUUGGAAUUGAUGAUAGAUGCGAACUUCUAGCGAAAAUUAGAGUUUCAUUGAAACAUCUACAGUUACUAUCUCGAUUACUAAAUACGGAAGUUGAGGAAAUAACUCCGAUUUAUCAACGAAAGAGCUUACCUCCCUUCAAACCCGAAAAAGAUGAGAUUGAAAUCUUGAACAUUAUUCCAGAAUUGCUGCGUAAAUUUGCGAAGUUAGCUAAUAAAUCCGAACAAAUUUUAGACACAAAAUUUAUUUUCAACGGUUUCCAAUUGUUUGAAGUACUAAUGCGCGAUAGGAGUAAGCCGAUUCAAAUCGAUAUUAUACAUGAAGAAGAAUCACUUAUUGAAGCGGAUGUUAUCGAUGCUACUGUGCCAACAGCUAAAGAUAUUAAGAAACAGAGUGAAGAAAUCGUAGCUCUCGGUUUAGCCGCCUUAGAAUAUAAACCUCCUCCACCAACUAAAAAACCAUACAAAUAUAGGCGAAGAAAUAAAUAAUGGGUAAUAACAUACGACUAUAAUAAUAUAAGGGUCCAAAUAAAAAAAGUUAAACUUCA